AGUGCAUCACCUACGGGAAUACAAAUGAACUCUCCACUCAGAAAACACGAUGAAAUGUUACUUUUAGCCUGAAUGUAUGUGUGACUUUUUGUCUCGAGUGCGGAAUAGCUGUGUGCUGAGUCGCGGCGGAGUUUAAAUUGAACCUACAGUGCGAUGGCCAGCCCAGAUGUGAUCGAGCCAAUGGUUCAAAGCUCCACGGCCCAAGACCUGGACAGAAGGCGCUUCUCGUACGACCUGCACGGUCUGAGUCCAGACGAGAUAGAUGGCCUCAUGUCCAGCAGUGAGGGUCGUCCUUUCCUUGUUGUGCAUCGUCUUCCUGAAAUAAAAGAGGAGGGUAUACCUUUUUUAAUGCCUGGUAUCCCUAUUACAUGCAGAGUGGACAACACAGAGAAAUACACAACUCGCUCGAAGGUCCAUAUAGGCACCCUGUACACAGUGCGGCUAACACAUGGCCACUUCCACUGGACAGUGAAGAGGAAGUACAAGCACUUCCAGGAGCUGCAUAGAGACCUUUACAAGCACAAGAUGAUGCUUCACUUGCUUCCUCUGGCGAGAUUUGCAAAGGACAGGCAGCAGCUGCGAGCCAUGUCAGAGGAAAUGCCCAGCUUACAUGGGACUGAACGGACCAGGAGGACCUCCAGCAAAAUGAAAUACCUUGAGGAGUACCUGAAUGGUCUCCUGGAGAACUCGUUUUGUAGGAAUGAUCACAGCAUGGUGGAAUUCCUCUCUGUGGGCACCCUCUCCUUCAUCACUGAUCUCGGACCCAAAGGCUUGGAGGGGCCCAUCUUCAAGAGGUCGGGGGGUCACAGGAUCCAAGGCCUGAACUGCAUUGGCCACCAUCAGUUCUGUUUCCGCUGGUCACGCCGCUGGCUGGUGGUGAAAGACUCCUUCUUGAUGUAUAUGAACCGAGACUAUGGCAAGAUCAACUUUGUGUUGCUGUUUGACCCUGAGUUCAAAGUGAAAGUGGGCCGUGCUUACACAGACACCAAAUAUGGAGUCUGCAUCGAGAACUUCACUCGGAGUCUGGUCAUCAAAUGCAGCAGCUACAGACAGGCUCAUUGGUGGAGUCAUGAAAUCAACCGGCUGUCAGACACCUCCGACUUUCUUAAAGUGCAACGCUUCGAGGGGUUUGCUCCGCCUCGGGAGAACACGCUCACUAAAUGGUUUGUGAAUGGAAGUGGCUUCCUUGCAGACCUGGCUGAUGCUCUCGAACAAGCCAAGGAGGAAAUCUUCAUCACAGAUUGGUGGCUCAGCCCUGAAGUGUUCCUAAAGAGACCAGCAACUGAUAACUUCUGGCGCCUGGAUGAGAUACUCAAACGCAAAGCAGAACAAGGAGUCAAAGUGUGUGUCCUUCUGUACAAAGAAGUGGAGAUGGCACUUGGGAUCAACAGUGAGCACAGCAAGAGGACUCUUAUGAAUAUGCACCCCAAUAUCAAGGUAAUGCGACAUCCUGACCAUGUGUCGUCUGUGGUGUUCCUGUGGGCUCACCAUGAAAAGAUGGUGGCCAUUGACCAAACUGUAGCGUUUGUGGGGGGGAUUGACCUGGCGUUUGGGAGGUGGGAUGACAACCAGUACCGACUAACUGACCUGGGUUUGAGAGAGAAGGUUAACAGUGUAACCGAGGACGGGCCCGACGGAGAUACAGGAGACAAUGGUGUGGCUGAUGGUCUAAAACCAUCCCAACCAGUUGAUUGCAAGGAGAACCCUGAUGAUCUGACUGGUAACACUAAACUGUGGCUUGGCAAAGACUACAGCAACUUUAUCAGGAAAGACUGGGUCCAACUGGACAGACCGUUUGAAGAUAACAUCGACCGCACUCAAGUUCCCCGCAUGCCGUGGCGUGAUCUGUCUGCAGCUGUUCAUGGCAGAGCUGCGAGGGAUGUAGCCCGCCACUUCAUCCAACGCUGGAACUUCACCAAGAUCUUCAAAAACAAAUACAAGGACGAGUUCUACCCUUACCUUCUCCCCAAGUCUCACUGCACUGCUGACUCACUCUCAUUCACUGUGCCCGGAUGCAAGAAUGCAACAGUGCAGGUGUUGCGCUCUGCCGACCGUUGGUCUACUGGAACCUGUGAGAACUCGAUCCUCAAAGCCUACAUCCACACCAUCGAGAACAGCGAGCACUACAUCUACAUCGAGAACCAGUUCUUCAUCAGCUGUGCCGAUGGCAAGCUCGUCCAUAAUGGGAUCGGGGAUGCGAUUGUGAAUCGAAUUUUGCGCGCACACAGAGAGCAGAAGAAGUACAGAGUAUUUGUGGUGGUUCCUCUUCUUCCUGGAUUUGAGGGAGACAUCAGUGCAGGAGGUGCAGUUGCCAUCCAAGCUAUUCUGCACUUCACUUACAGGACCAUGUGCCGAGGGGAGCACUCCAUCCUUUCUAAACUUAGUGAAGUGAAAGACCUGUGGACGGAGUACAUCACAUUCUGCGGCCUGAGAACACAUUCCCAGCUGUCCCAGUCGCUUGUCACAGAGCUCAUUUAUGUUCACAGCAAGACCCUCAUUGCUGAUGACCGCUGCUAUAUCAUUGGAUCAGCCAACAUCAAUGACCGCAGCAUGCUGGGCAGCAGAGACAGCGAGAUGGCAGUGUUUGUGGAAGAUGAAGAGCGGGUCCUUUCCACCAUGGACGGGCAGGAGUACCAGGCAGGACCCCUCACACUUGCUCUGCGGAAAGAGUGUUUCCGUGUUCUUGUUGGAGCUUCUUCAGACCCGAGAAUCAAUGUUGAUGAUCCAAUCAGCGAUGAGUUCUUCUUCUUGACCUGGAAUGAACCUGCUAAACUGAAUGCCACCAUUUACGAAAAGGUCUUCAAAUGUCUGCCUAACAACUCUAUCCACAACAUGCGAGAGCUGAAGGAGCACUCCAGCGAGGAUCGCCUCUGCGACACAGACCCUGAGCAGGCCAGAGAGGAGCUGAAGGCCGUCCGAGGGCUGCUGGUCCACUUCCCUCUGAGGUUCCUGUGUGAGGAGAACCUGCUGCCUCCACUGAACACUAAAGAAGGCAUGGCUCCUGUCGGGCUGUGGACAUAACCGCAGCUCAGCCCAGAUCAGACCACUACAUAACAGCUCAAAUGGAUGCUGUAGCUCCUUGUAGUUUAUAAUGUUCAGCACAGUACACUGAAGUACACUGUCACUUCAAUGGUGAGAUGAAGACAUCACCACAACACACAUUUUUUGAGCAUCAUUGAUGUUUUUUAUAUUGUCUUUUAGAGUGACGAUGAUCUAGUCUGAACAUAACAUCUGAAAUAUAGAUUUAAUCCUGAUUUAUAAUAGUAGAUUAACCUGAGGCAGGACACUUUGUUCUGCUUCAUAACUUGCACUUCAGUGCAAUCUGAACUGCAGGGCUGGCUGUGGUGUUAAACACACACACAAAUGAAAGCAUGAGUCAGGAGAGGAUUGCAAGUUUGUAUUGGAAAUCAUGCAUCUCACAUAAUCUGGGAACAUAGUGUACAUUUAUUGGUGCAAGGUUUUUGGGUGGGUGGGUGGCUCCCUCUCUGUCUCUUUCUCUCUCUCGCGCUCGCUCUCCCUCUCUCCCUCUGAGGCUUCACCUCUCACUGCAGUGCCAGCAAAUCUGUCAGAACAUUUGUGGUUGUUAUGGUGACGGAUAUAAAGAGAUGACUGGAUUGUAGCUGAAAUAAAAGAUGGGAUAGGGCAGAAAAGAGAGAGCACUGAUACGAGGGGUAUAUUACUAAAUCGGGAUGGUGUACCGGAGAAUAGAAGGUGAUAUGUUGAAAGAGGACUGAUCAUUUCUGUGGAAGCUAAAUCUUUUUAGUAUUUCUGGAUGAAUGAUCAGGUGGGGAAACGUAGAGAGGGAAAGUAAAGGAGGACAAGAUCAUUAAAAGGUGUUAGGUUGAUUUACCGCUAAUUGUUGCCUUUUUUUAAAUUCACCAUGACAACCAGAGUGAGUAAUUAUUUCAACGUGUUGUCAACAGAACAGAACAAAACAUUCCACUUCAGCUAUUUCCUGUGAGCUGCACAAUUCUGUGUCCAGGUGCCAAUCUCUCGCAUAACUACCCUUUAUUAAUUACUAUGCACUAGGCUCUAAUUUAGGGCACAUUACAAUGUAACUGAGUAGUGACAUAACAAGGCUUUCAUUCACGCUGCAAUUCCCACAGAGCAACGUUAAGUCAAUAUCUUUAGUCUAAAACCACAAAGAAUUUUACCACAGAGGUCAGUUAUGUGCACAAAAACUGCUAAUUCCCUUUACCGAGUCUUUAGGAACUGAUUGACUACUGUUGAGCAAGCCUUGCACUGAACAAAUAUGUACUCUUUUGAAAUAUUGCAUUGGAAAUAUCAUGUAAUAAUUCAGUAGAACAUACUGUGCUGCCCUCAUGUAGAAAAGCAGGACAUGGUUUACUUUUAUGCAAUAUGUGAUUCAUGUUUCCUUAGCUGUAAGACAUGAGUGACAGAAUUAGAGUUUGAUCAAAGUGAGAGGUUGAAUACUGUCAGGAAAAACAACGUUUAGGGUUUCUCACAUUGCACACAGUCUUGCCAAGUUUAAUGACAUAUAUGCAAAGCACCUGUAUCAUAUCCAUGUUUUUAAGAGCAUAACCAGCAGAGAGGCAGACGCCCUGUUCCGUGUAUUUUGAAGAGACCUAUAUGUGAUGCAUUGAUGUGCCUGAAAUGACCAUAAUCAAGUUCCUAAUCCAAAAAAAGUAGAAAUUUGCAAACCUGUGACAGAGCCUGUGAAAUUGUACUUCACAAGCUACUCGAGACAUGUCCACAAGUCAACAACACUACCAAGGUGGUAUCAGUACAGACGUGUCUGCGAAUCUGACAGAUGACAAGUUUCCCACAUGAACACUGCCUUGCCUCCACAUGAAGCACCUUUCACAGAGGAGCUAAGAAAACCAUCUGUGUUUAAAAAAGAAUCGGAGCAUUGCUGGCUUCACGCUUAUUAAGAUAUGAAAAAGCCACUAUGAUCACACUAAAAGCAAGGUAGCAUCCCUUGUACAGCACAAAAUGGUUGCUUUGAGGCGUAUUCUUUGUUAAAAGAUUCUGCAGAAAUGUCUGUGAUAUAAUGAGAAGUGACCUCAUACUGUUUCUAUCAUGAUUUUAUUUUGAUUGGACUAAUAGCCAGCAUUACUAAUACAGUUUUAUGAAUAUACUACUAAUAGAAACGUGUGUUUUUAACUCAUCUCUAUUAUCCUUAACAGUCCCCAUGUGAAAACCUUUGUGUAUGCUAAUCUGUAGAUCUAGAUUAUUACCUUAGAGUUGCUGAUGUAUACGUUACUAACGCUCAGAGGUAGAGAGAGAAUAAAUAUGCUUACUCUAUCACUUAAGUACAAUUACUUGUACUUGAACUUGUACUUUUAGGUAUAUUUAUUUUCUUGAUUCCUCAAUAAACUUGUUUUUUUUAUGGAA